CUUCCUCCCUAACAAAACUAGGAAAUCCUCCCUCUAUAAGUGGCAUCAAACCAAAGUAUCCUUCCAAGCGCAGAAGACGUGAAAAGUAAAAAGUUACAUAAUGGCUGAAGAAGUGAAGGUUUUCGGAGCUUGGGGAAGCCCUUAUAGCCGCAGGGUAGAGCUUGCUUUGCAACUGAAAGGUGUUCAAUAUGAGUACAUAGAGGAGGAUAUCCCUAAAAACAAGAGCCCUUUGCUUUUGAAAUACAAUCCUGUUCACAAAAAAAUUCCUGUCCUCCUCCACAACGGAAAACCAAUUGCUGAGUCGCUCGUUAUACUUGAAUAUAUUGAGGAAACCUGGAAGGGCAAUCCCAUUUUGCCAGAGGAUCCUUAUGACAAAGCCAUGGCUCGUUUCUGGGCUAAGUUCGUCGAUGAGAAGUGUAUGCCUGCGCUAUGGAAAGCAGGGUGGAGCCCAGAGAGUGAGCGAGAAAAGCCAGUGGAAGAAGCUUGCGAGUGUCUAAAAACGCUUGAAAGUGCGCUGGGUGGAAAGAGAUUCUUUGGGGGAGAUACAGUCGGAAUGGUAGACAUUGCUGCCAUCUUUAUUGGCUACUGGCUCAGGCUCAUCCAAGAAGCCACAGGGAUGGAGUUGCUGUCAGCUGAGAAAUUCCCCGAGUUGUUCAAAUGGACCGACGAGUUCGUGAGCUGCAGCGUUGUUAAGGGCAGUCUGCCUCCCAGAGACAAACUGUUGGCCUUCAUCAAAGCUCGCAUUGCUGCAGCCAUGGAUCAAGCUCAAACCAAUGCCUCCAAAUGAACCUCUUUUUCCAUUUCCCCCCCAGUAAUAGUCGAGUGCUUGCCCCUGUUUCUAUCACCUGGUUUUGUGUCGUGAUCUUAGUUUACUCCAAAUGUUCCAAGACCGUAAUCUGUCAUGUGUUCAUCGUUUGUUGUUCUUGUUUUCGACUCAGACAUAAAUUAACACCUUGUACAUAUAGAUUAUCAUUUAAUUGUUGAGUUUCUCAAUG